GUGCGCGUGAGCCCCGUAGGGCCGGGGAGGCACCAGCUGCCGCGCGGGGAGGAGGCCGAGGCCGCAGCUUGAGGGAGGCCCCGGCCCCUCUGCGCCUGUGUCUGGCAGAGCCGGUGUGAGACGAAGAGACCCAUCUUUCCCUGCCGCGCGGAUAAUCAAGAGUUUUGGCCGGACCUUUGAGCACACACCGGGAGAGUGAGGAGCCAGACGAAAAGCACAGACGAUGGCGCUGAAACGGAUUAAUAAGGAACUUAGUGAUUUGGCCCGUGACCCUCCAGCACAAUGUUCUGCAGGUCCAGUUGGGGAUGACAUGUUUCAUUGGCAAGCCACAAUUAUGGGACCUAUAAGAAACUGUAUAUGCUGGAUAAUUGAAUAUUCAGAAUUAUGGAUACCAUCUAAGAAUUUCACAGAAUUAGAGCGCAGUAAAACAACCUGGGGUAAGACUGUAUCUUGCACAAUACUUAAUAUUUUUUUUUACUUGGAAGGCACUUUAGGAUUUCUAUUCUAUGUAUGUCUUAAUCUGCUUUCUUCCCCCCCUUUUUGGUGGUUUAAUCUCAACAUAAAUGUCAAUAAUGUACUUGGUGAGAUAAUGGUCAAUAAAUAGGUAUUAUUCUAAAAGGAGAAAUGCUCUUGGAAAAGUUAGCCAGUUGAUGGGUUGGAUCAAUAAGUUUUUAUUCCGUAGUUCUGAUUUUGAUAACUUUAAUCUUUUUUUUUUUUUUUUUCCAUCUCUGUGUGGUCCCCCACUGUAUGCCAGCCAUUAAGGAUAGACAUAAUACUUCUCAUUCUUUAGAGAACUUAAAAUCUGGGAGAGACCGGCAAUUAAAACAAGUGUAUAAGAUAGGAAAUUUUAUGGGAAAUCAUAGCAGGGAUGAUUGAGUUAGAGUAAUUGUGAAAUGUUAUGACCUAAAGGUAGGGAGACUGUGAGUUAAGUUAAACUUGGUGGUGUUGGUAGAGGGGGGGAUAUUUAUCUUAAUAAUCUGAAACAUAUCUGUAUUAUCCUAAUAGGGAAAAAAAAAUUAACAGUCAGAAUUGUUCACUUCCAGUUAUCUCAAGGACUAUUCUUAACUACUGUAAAUUUUAUUUUGCUUUAAAAAUACUUACUUUGUAACAAAAUUGUGGUUUAUUUAUUUUAAGUGAACAUAGUUAACUAGUCUGGCUUUUACCCAGUUUGGUCCACAAAACAGUUUAGAAGUUAACAGUCUUCAUAUUAAAACACUGACGAGGCCCUCAUUCCAUAGCAGUAGUGACUGGGGGUGGAGUUUAGCAGCUACCUCCCUUUUUUUAUAUGGGGUUUGUGUCUCACACUCCUGUCCACUUCAUUUUGCCUCCCUAGAUUCUGUAGGCACAUGGAUUUGCUGUUUCUAGAAUUUUGUCAUUGUAGAUCACCAAUUCUUAAAGGAGAGUGUUCAGUAAAAUGCCUUACCAUUUCUACCAAGUAAAAGCUCAUCUUUGAUCCAGAGGGUGCUUUAAGAUGUCUCAUUAUAAAAAUUAGUUGUCAGUAUUAAUAAAGCACUAAAAAGUUGGUAAUCUCAAGACUUAAUUGGAUGGUGUGCAUAAUAGAAACCAGCUCUUUGACACCAGUGUGACAUUUUUCUGCUGGACUCUGAGACUUCACUGUUUAUUGAACUUUUGUUUCCAAAAGGUGAGGAAUAUACUUAAGAGUAAAUCAGAGUGAAGCAUAAGUGAGUAGUUUAUGCCAGUAAUUUUUUAGAGAAUAAGAGAAGAUUGCUUAUCCUGACCUUUUUUUGUAGCUGCUUACUUAUUUGCUUUUAUUUUCAGAAAACUUUGUUAAUUGUAUCAAUGACAGUUUUCUGCUUUUAAAAACAAAUACUUGAUUUUCAGAACUAUUUAAAUAUUCCCUAAUUAACAAAAUUUGCAGAAACUGUAUUUUAGUAAACACCGGUUUUGGAUGUCAACUUGGAAAUAGUUAGCAAUUAUCUUUACCAUAGCGUCAACAAUGAAACAACUCAUGUUCUUAUUUUGGCUUUUGAUUGCAUCCUUGUGAUACAACAUCACAGUUUGAUUAGAUAAAUAAUUGCUUUAUUUUGUUACUAUGCCUAGCUGUGUGACAUGCAGGUAAAUGAGCUAAAACAUUGGGACAUUGGUAGUAUAGCAAUCCAUAUAUUUGCAGAUUUGCUGAAAGAAUAAAUGGUAACAAAAUUGCUAUGGAGUACUUCUUAGGUCAGUAAAGUGAUCGGCAGUGCCACAUAACUAAAGGUUCCUGACUAAGGAAUGGAGCAUCUAAUUUAAAUUUUGAUGCAGAGUAACUAUUCAGUUUUAGUGUAUUACAGUCUGGGAAUGUUCUUGAUCAUUAAAUUUAUGAGGCAAAAUGCUUUCUAAUAACCAUUU